AUGCAUUUCUCCAAGACUCUGGCUACUGUGGCUGCUCUGGCCCUAGGCGCCCAAGCCGGUUUCCCCGUCGCGAGCAUUGAAUUCCAAUCCUGGGAGGAGUGUCCUGUUGGCGCCCCGCCACACGGUGAGCCGAAGGCCAAGGAGUCCGUGGUCGCUACCCCGGUCACCUGCGACAAGACCGUCGUCAACCGUGACUGGAGCGUCGACCACUACUCCUUCACUGCCCACCUAGACACCAAGGAUGCCCUGCUAUGCUCUGGUGUGACCGUCUGGAACAGCGAAGACUGCUCCGGCAAGCCCAUCUACUUCCUGCCUUUCGAGGGUGGCCCUGUCGCCCAAGGCCAAUGCUUACCUGAUAUCCUCGACCCCACCUACGUCUCCUUCAAGAUGUCGUGCUUCGAUGGUCUCGGUGGAGUUGAAGGACCCGGCGGCCCUGAUGGCUCUGGUGGUGACGCUGAUGGCUCUGAUGAUGGCCUAUUCUGA